UUUUUAACAUAGAAGUAUGAAAAUUGAAAAAAACAACCGUCUAACUUCGUUGGCAAGCUCAAUGUCUAAAAAAUCUAGGAUUUAAUAAUUACUGGCAAAAAAAGAGAUGACAAUGACGAAACAUAAAGCUCUAUCAGACCCAACGCAAAAACCCGCUGCACCAUUUUGCAGGACUCAGUAUCUUAUCAURAUAUCGAACACUUCAAGUCAACCCCUUUCCAUCCUCGCCCUUCGAAACCACAWCACGUUGAUYAAAACAGUCGAUAAAACCAUGUGCUAUAACCUGUAUUCUCYGUGKCUUAGRAGAAGACGUUUGUUGUGCAAUAAUGGCCACUACUUAGAAAUAAACUACAAUGGCAACGUKAAGGGAACGAUGAAUGAUCACAGCCCACUUGUUAUCCUUGAAAUUAUUCCUGUCAAGAGAGGCCUUGUACAAAUCCGUGGGUCACAUACAGGGUUUUAUCUAGCUAUGGCGGAAGGGCAGGUCUACACCACGAAAACACUUAAUGACGACUGCCUCUUCCGUGAGAGUUUUUCCAACAAGUUCUUCGACAACUACUGGUCCCACAAGUAUAUGGACAAAAAACUCAUGCUUGGGAUCAUGCGCACUGGCACCGUGGUAGCAGUUUMUGAGAACAGCACGCUGACCAAAAACAACGGAAAGUACACAACUAGUUUCGUUACAAAAAUGCCAUCAACUUAACCAUGUAUUGACCUUUUAUACUAUUUCUAGCAAUAAAACAGAAAAUAAAAUCCA